CAAGUGAGGGCUGAAGAGACUCAGAAUGGAUGGGCGACGAGAAGCCGUGCGAGCGAGAGAGCGAGAGUGAGGGUGUGUGUGUGUGUGUGUCAGUGCUCAGAGUCAGCGGCGGAAGACACAGAAAGUCUACAAGCUCACAUCAACAAGAGAGAGCGUGCGAGGCAAAGAGGAGCUGUCCACCGGCAACUCCGAAGAGUGACACACAGAGAGGAAGGGGAGACACGGGGAAGAAGAAGACCAGUCAACAGAGGAGGAGAGAGAGAGAGAGACAGAGAGAAAGAGAGAGAGAGAGACGGACUGAAGACAGACUACCAGCCUUCCACUGGUUUUGCCCUCUCCACUCCCCAGUCAUGAUCCCCUGGGUCCUUCUGCUCCUGUGGAUCUCCGGACGUGGAGCGGAGGCCAUGUUUUCCCAGCAACCGCAGGACCUGGUGGUGGUGGCGGGCCAGCCUGUGACGCUACCCUGCACCAUCCCCGGCUACCACGGCGUCGUCCUGUGGAUCAAAGAUGGCCUGGCGCUGGGUGUUGGCAGAGACCUCGCGGGCUAUCCUCGCUACACGGUGAUUGGCGACCACAGCUCGGGAGAGCAUCAUUUGCGAAUCCAGCGCGUCGAGCUGAUGGAUGACGCCGUGUUUGAGUGCCAGGCUGUCCAGGCUGCCAUGAGGUCCCGUCCAGCCCGCCUCACUGUGCUGGUUCCCCCUGAGGACCCAGUCAUCAGCGGAGGGCCGGUGGUGAGCCUGAGGGCUGGUGACCCGCUCAAUCUGACCUGCCACGCCGACAACGCCAAACCGGCAGCCUCUAUCAUCUGGAUCCGCAACGGAGAGGUCCUUAAUGGGGCCAUGUACUCCAAGGUAAGCUUAGAGACCUUGCUCCGGGAUGGCAGGAGGGAAAGCACCGUGAGCACGCUCUACCUAUCGCCCUCCAACAUCGAGACGGGUCAGCAGAUCAUCUGUAAGGCCUCCAACAAGGCGGUGCCCAACGGCAAGGAGACCAGCGUCACCAUCGACAUCCAGCAUCUCCCACUUGUCAAUCUCUCAGUGGAGCCUCAGCCUGUUCUGGAGGGCAACCUCGUGAAAUUCCACUGCUCUGCAAAGGCCAACCCUCCUGUCACGCUCUACAGGUGGGCCAAAGGAGGGAGCAUAAUCAAGGAGGUCUCUGGAGACACGUAUGAGGUUAUUGUGGACCACUCCUUCUUCACAGAGCCGGUUUCCUGCGAGGUCACCAACCCUCUCGGCAGCACCAACAUCAGCCGCAACGUCGACGUCUACUUUGGUCCCCGCAUGGCUGCCGAGCCUCAGUCCUUGCAGGUGGAUCUUGGAUCUGACGCCGUGUUCAACUGCGCCUGGACAGGAAACCCCUCGCUAACCAUAGUGUGGAUGAAGAGGGGAUCCGGGGUGGUUCUCAGCAACGAGAACCUCCUGACGCUGAAGUCGGUGAGGCAGGAGGACGCUGGCAAAUACGUCUGCCGCGCCGUGGUCCCGCGUGUAGGAGCAGGCGAGAAGGAGGUUUCUCUCACGGUCAACGGGCCACCUACUAUCUCCAGUACCCAGACUCAGCAGGCUUUACACGGAGAGAAAGGACAAAUCAAAUGUUUCAUCCGAAGUACGCCUCCUCCGGACCGCAUUGCCUGGUCAUGGAAGGAAACCGUGUUGGAGUCUGGAACGUCCGGCCGCUACACCGUGGAGACCGUCACCACAGAAGAAGGAGUGAUCUCCACGCUGACCAUGAGCAACAUCGUCCCGGCCGACUUCCAGACCAUCUACAACUGCACGGCGUGGAACAGCUUUGGCUCCGACACCGAGAUCAUACGCCUUAAGGAACAAGGUGGGAGCCAAGAAUCGCUCCCGGUGGCGGUGAUCAUCGGCAUCGCCGUGGGAGCCUUCGUGGCCGUCAUCGUCCUCAUGGGCACCAUCGGGGCGUUCUGCUGCACCCGCUCCCAGAGAAAGGAAGCGCACCUGGUUAUGCCCUCACUGCCCGUCUCCAUCUGUGCUCACCAGAGAGAACUUGCAAGCAAAAUUAAGACAGAAAAUCUGAAGGGAGUGGUGUCGGCGAAAAACGACAUCCGGGUGGAGAUCGUGCACAAGGACCACAACGCGGCGCGCGAAAACGAAGAGCACACCUCCAUGAAACAGCUGAUGGUGAGUGUUGAGAGAGGAGAGUUCCAGCAGGAGUCGGUCCUGAAGCAGCUGGAGGUGUUACAAGAGGAGGAGAAGGAGUACCAGCACAUCAAGGACCCCACUAAUGGCUACUACAGUGUCAACACCUUUAAAGAGCACCACACGCCUACCAUGGCUGGCAAUCAGUCCGCCGAGGUGAGGAACCCCACCAACACAGGUACCCUGGGCAAGCAGCGAGUACCGACGGGCAUGUCCUUCACCAACAUCUACUCCACUCUGGGAGCAGGUCCCAACCGCCUGUACGACUACAGCCAGCGCUUCGUGCUGGGCAUGGGCAGCAGCUCCAUUGAGCUGUGCGAGCGGGAGUUCCAGCGCGGCUCACUCAGCGACUCCAGCUCUUUUAUCGACACGCAGUGUGACAGCAGCGUCAGCAGCUACAGUAAGCCGGACGGCUACGUGCAGUUCGACAAAGACAGCAAGGCGUCGGCCUCCUCCUCCUCCCACUACUCCCAGUCCUCCUCGCAGAACUCAGACCUCACCCGGCCGCUGCAGAAGCGCAUGCAGACCCACGUCUGACCACCAGGCUGGGAGGGUGUUUGAACGGGGUGUAACAAGCAGCCAGGAUUGUAAAAACUGUGACAGAAUCAGCUCCCAGGAGCCCCUAGAGUAACUAGGUUACUGUUUCCUCUGGACACCUGGAGAUGCAGAGGCUGAUUGGCUUUAACACACUGUGUGACUUGUUGAGACUUCUCAAUGUCCAAAAAAGAGUGGAUCAAGAAGCCUUAUAUUUCCCUCCUGCUUAACCCAUCAACCGCCUCCUUUUUUAACCCAUGAGCAGAAUUGUGCCACAGAGAGGUUAUUUGCCAACACAAGCCUGGACUUUGAACAUUCACUACUUGGAUUCUCCAGUGGGAUUGUUUGCAGAGGACAGGAAUACCACAAGGCUUUGUGUGACAAUCAGCUCCCAUGGCAGAGACCGUUUUUUUUUUUCUUUCUUUUUUUUUUUGCCUUUUGAAGAUUGUCAUUCAUAAAAACUCAGCACGAACGGCGCGAUAAUGAGUGUGAGCCAAUGUCCUGCUGCUCACUCGUAGUUUGAAGCACAAAAAUGAAUGUGCAUGUGGUUUUUAGUUGUUAAAGCGAUAACGCCGCCCCCCCUUCCCCCCACCUCCCCUUCAAACACUGUAUGUGAAGCUUCUCUUGUUGAAACUGGUCUCCUGUGUAGGUGGAAGAAAACUUUCUCCAUGUACCCACAGACGAUUGAACGUUUGAGAGAAUGGCUGUCUUUUCCCUCCCCGCAGCGGUAUCUGGGCCACAGCGCUGGGCAGAUAAAGAGGGGCUGAGAUCUCAUUUUAAAUCCCUGAGUCAUUAUUUUGCUGUGACACUCUGCGAUAAAGAAUAUCAGUGUACAUAUGUGACUGUAAUUUCUUUUUCUAGCUUCUAAUUUCUGACUCUGUUUUUUCCUCACGGAGGACUCUAAAUGAGACGCGAGCUCCUCUUCUUGUCCAUAUCUACUUUGCCUUGAGGGUAUGUUUGAACUGUGUCAAUACAAACUUUGACUAAGCGAGAUAGGCAUACACUAUCAGCUCCUCUGUCGAUGGAGGGCUGGAUCCGCCACGGUGUUCCCGCACCAAUUCUAGCUCCGAGGCACGCGCGCCGGAAAGCCCACAAACUGCAGCGCGUGUUGCGGUUGUGAGCUCCUCCCGCUCACGCCGCAGAUCAUCAGCCAUAUAUACAUGAGGGUACCUGUUCAGUGAAAUGUAAACAUAUUUUAGCCGGGCUUCUUUAUUGUGUGGUUAUCCCAUUGCCGUCGUCAAUAUCACCGUUGACACUAGAGCAUAGCGCAUCCUGACUGCAUACCUACCUGUGAUCGUGCCGGCCAUCGAGGGCGACGAAAAGCAAAUUUAGAAAAUGUGUUGGUUUUUUUUGUUUUUAUUUUCGCUGUCCGCUGUUCGUUUCUUUUUGGCUACUGUGGAGCUGAUGGUGGCGCACUGACUCGUUUUCAAGUGCAUUGUUUUAUUUCAUUCUGUUUUUUCUGCACUGUGUGUGACAUAUAUGAAAUUGGAUUUAUUGUUUAAUCACUGACGCUGUAUUUGUUUUUUUUGUUGUUUUUUUUCUUUUAGCCGAGAGUAGGGACAGAGAGUAGGGAUUUAACUUGCAGCUACACAGGCACUCAUACUCCAUGUGAAAUUUAAAAGUGAGCCUCGUCGUCAGGAGUGUCGUGAGUCAAUGCGCCGUGCGUGUUCCGUGGCAGAACACAAAGUGGGGACUGGGGGGUUUUUGCUCGAAAAUUUUUGUUUUGCAGCACCGAAAAGUAAGAAACCUCAUGCCGAUUUGAGCAGAUACUGUACAGCAAGUUGGCAAAAAUGAUUUCACUUUAUUUUAAUCAGGACGCUACCAUGCUAGCACCCUGUGCCAAGUUAAAUACGGACCUCAAGGUAGGACAGCUUGUGAUCAGAGUGUUGUCUCCUUAAAGCAGGCCUCUACUGACUGAAGGGCAGCCCUUCACAGAAGCAUGGAACAUUUCUGCAACAGCCCUAGCUACAUCAUACAUUACAUCACAUUUGAUUUCAGCCAUCAAAAGCUUCAUACAUCCUUUGUAUUUCAAGGUUUGUUCCAGCUGUACUUUAUAGAAUCAGCUUGUUUGUUAUUUGAUCAGAUCCUUGAAGGGUAAAGACGCGUUCCUGGGAAAUAACAGCUUGCUUGUUGUGAAACAAACCUAAAAAACGGUGGCCCGCACUGUCAGUGUCACUUCUGCUUUCUGUCGAAUCAAACAAAAAACUUGACAGAAAGUAUAUUAGGUUACAAUAUAUCUAAUCUAAUUAUGUAGUUUUUUUUUGUUUUGUUUUCAUAGUGCAGCUGUCAGCUGGGAUGAAGUGAGCCUCAAACUAUGAAAUCUGCUUCUAAAACCAUGGAGGAAAAAAAAAACACGCGCGGCACUUCCAACAAAAGCAAGUUGUUGUUGUAAGCACUUUACAUAUGAUUAUAUUCAAAGCAGUUGAAUGGGGUUUUCCACUUGAGUGGCAGUGGUUUGGACUCUAAUUUUACAAAUGGAUUGGCGCCCAUUGUACAGCUUAAGACAAAAAGCUCUGUUUCAACGCUGAUAAUCCAGCUUGGCACUUAGCAGACUGUAUAUAAAUCUCUAAUUCUGUCUUUCUCUGUAUAUAAUUUUUUCCCUGGCUUUUCUUUCUUCCUCAGUCAGAUUUCAUUAUACUAGAGCUCAACAAAUCCACAUGGCAUCAACAACUGCACGACAGACAAUCAUUUUCUCUUUGUUUCCCUUCCAAAAAAUUUCAUCAACCUUACUUGUCCCUCGCAAAUUACAUGAAAGGGUUGUGCGAGCAGUUUCUCUUCCCCCGGAUCUCAUGGGGAAGACUCAGACUCCGCGCACCGAGCACACAGGAGGCUAUAGGAUGAGAAGCCGAGCUUAGCUGCUGCAGCUUUGAAGUGCGAUGCAGUAAGAGGUUAUUAUACCUUCAGCCCUUCUGAGAGAUGCCCAGAUGCCCAGCAAUAUAUUGCAUUUGGCACCAUGAUGACUGUCAAGUAAGCCUGCUCCAUUUCUUAUUUAUUUCUCUCAACAUUUAUGAGUGCAGGAGGACACUCUUGCCCUGAUAUCAGCCACAGUCAAUUACAGUCUGAGCUAGUUUGCAAAGGGCAAGAAGCGGUUUUCAGUUUUUUGUUAUUAUUUGCAUAUAUUAUGCAUCAGUUUACAUCCACGGUGUCAAAAGUGCUCGCUAUUCGAAACUUAUCACAGCGCGGACACGCAGCCCGUCUCUCCCUCAAAAACAAAACAAAUUUGCUUUCCCGUCCAAAGGGUCCAGUUUUACUUAUCUGAUGCAGCUGAUCCAAACAUAAUGCAUUUCCCCAGUCCAGAGAAUCUGCACACUGCACAGCAAACAGAUAAAUAUUUGAUGGGCCAGCCUUCUGUCCCGUACCAGCCGUGGCAGCAGCCAGAGUGGGCAUGAGAGCGCCACAUGAUGCGAGUGCCAUGUCAGUCUUUGGGAAUCAAAGCCCAUGUGGGGACAAAGUCUGCCCUGCUCACCUGCGAACGCCUCCCCGGCUGGUGCUGGCGGGGCCUUUUUGCCUGGCUACGAGCGGCGCACAGAUGCCAGGGCAUAACAGAUGAAUAAACACAAAGACCCAGAACAAUUACAAGGGGUUGCUGCCCUUUUCCCUCAUAAAACAAAGCACGCCUUUCAUGGCGGCAGGACGCGGGGCAGUCUAUUAUUCAGAGAUGCUAAAGACUAGCCUGUAGCACACGGGACAUUUCGGGGGUAAGAGAGAGGGGUUAUAAACAGCGCGAGGUGAAGACCGGCUUGUAAAAGGCUCCUCUGCCCACAGGCUAUAUUACAUUUGUUUACCGCACAAAACUUUCCGCUCGGUCUGAGUAAGCUGGGAAGAAACUGCAUAAAGAAUUGCUGAACAUUCGUACUGCCAGUAUCUAGCCUAUGCCUGCAACGGGUGGUUUACAUAAGGCUUUCUCAAAGUCUCCCUCAUCGUGUGAUAGGUGUUGCUGUCCACAGUGGAACACAUUGGGGACGGUGCCAUUUGAAGCGUCGAAUUGAUCAUUUAAAAGAAAAAGCCCUUUUCUUUACUGUGUAAAUGCUCUCUGUCACUGUCUAUCUCUAUCUCUCUCACUUUUCUUUUCUACCAAUCAAUACCUUGUUAGUACUUUAAUAACAAACAACUACAAGGAUAAAGGGCCUGGGCCAUUAGUAUUUGCAAAUAGUCUUCCGGGUUCGACGAGCAGGGCACACCGGGAGUCAGCGCGGUUUUAUUUUUUGCAACACCGUACGUUGCAAAAAAAAAACAAAAAAAAAAAAACGCACUGAAUCCCCAUAAGUCACAGAUAAGUGAAAGAAUCACAGACAAGCAUUUGCAAGUCAAACGAGUAUGCCUCUCUGUGAUAGGUUGACUUGUUCACGACUCCAAAUGAAGUGAACUGGUUUGCAAAUACUACAUGACCCAGGUCUAAAAAGAGUACUUAACUUAGAAAGGUCAUUUCAAGAGUUUGUAUAAAUAGUGAACCAUAAGCAUAAUUGUAAUGAAAAAAACAACAUGUAAAUUCUACUGGGUAAACCACUAUUUUCAGGCAGUGGCCCUCUGUAUCUAAGAAAAAAAAAAAGAAAAAUGGUUGUAUUUUAACUGUACUGGUCUGUGAAUCUAUGAUGCUUUUGCUCUGUAUAUUUGGAGAAUAAAACUGAUGUUUGAG